CCCACUGACAGGUGUUUCUGCUCUACUCCACGACUUGACGGAGAUCAUCAUGAGGAUGCCAGUGAUUGCAGUUUGGGCAGCAGUGUUGCUCACUUACGGAGUCUCUACAGGAAUUGCAAUGAACCCUGCUAAAGCUGUGGCUGGGGCCUCGGCUGGGGCAAACGAUAUCCUUAGACUGGAUGAUGCUCCAAACUCUGUUGACGACAUGUACGAUGGCUGCAAAGAUAAAAUGUACCAGAAUCUCCAAGAAUACCUGGCGAAUGAGAAGAACAAAAACCCCACAUUCAAAGCAGUCUGGGAGAGCUCAGAGCAACGGUACAACAACAAAUUUAAGAAAUCAAAACCAGCCCUGGGGAAAGACCGUAUUGUAGCUAUUUACUAUUACACCUUUGGCGGAGACAAUGCGUAUCUUGAUUUCAAUACUGCAGUUCGAACCCAGGGGCCUGAGUACACCACCACAUUCGGGUAUCACGCACUUCACUUUCUCCUGACCGACGCCAUUCAAACUCUCAGAGAACGCAGGCUCUCAAACCUCGCUCCGGGAGAGGACGGAUGUGUCACUGGCUACCGCCGUGUUGACAGAACCUUUGACCAAGUUGUCAACACGCAACUUCGAUUCGGCUCUUUUACCUCAAGCUCAAUGGGUCAGUACAGCAAGAACGUAGAGAGAUUUGGAGACAAGACGUGCUUUGAGAUUUACACGUGCUUUGGAGUAGAUGUCUCCAUGUAUUCUAAAUUUGAGAACGAAGGCGAAGUGCUGAUUCCUCCUUACGAGGUCUUUAAAGUGGUAGGGGUGAAGAAGAGAUCUCAGUAUAAGGAUCUUCCAUGUGAGGUGGAAUAUAAACUCAAAAGUACAAAUAAACCUGUCUCCAAUUUGAAUUGUGCUCUUUUUUAAGAAGUAAAGCACUCUCACAUUUUACAUACAGUUAAUUGUGAAAUUUGGGGUUCAUGAUGCACCAUUUCAACUGUGGCAAAUUAUCUUUAGUCAAAAUGCAUGUGAACAUAAAUGUAGUUAUUAACAUUUGAACAGUGUGACAAUGUCAAACUGACUUUAAACGCUGAACAUACAGAGGUUAAGUUAAGUUCUACUGUGCAACAAGUGUUAAAGAAAUAAAAGUUGCAUUAAAACUAAUCCUUAAAUUGUGUAAUUGUUAUAGUGGGUCUGUAUUAAAAUGAAUAUCAAGAAUUUGUUCUUACAGGGGAAAAAGAAAAACAGGGGCCGUACUCACAGAGCUUCCUCGGGCUGAGAGUCGCUCCUAGUGUUGAAAUUCUAAAAAAAUUCUUAGAAUUGUGACAGUCUUCGAAUUUCCCCUUAAAGUUAAGACUAGGUCUUUGUAAAGAUAAAAGUUUCUUACAGAUCAACUUAAACCUUACAAGAGCUCCCAAGGUGGAAAAAGUUUAAAGAGCAGGGAUGACGACUUUUAGGAGGUUUAAGAGUUUAUUGAGCAGAGGGGAAAAUGGUGGGAACACAAAGAGGUCAGAGAAAUAUUCUCCAAACACUGGGUGACAGUGAGUAGAUGAAAUGCUGCAGAUUUGAUCGUACAGGUUGAUGUCAUUAGGGGUACGUAUGUAUGGCAAGCCGUUUUAACAUUUAAUCACUAAGUUUGACUAUCCGGAAUUACCAUUAUAGAUAUCUAUAACGUCAUUUUGACUAGUUGUAAUGUCACUGUGACUAGUAUGAAUUUUAAUUUAAGAUAUCUGUAAGGUCAUUCUGACUAGUCAAAACUGAAUUACAGAUAUCUGUAGCGUCAUUCUGACUAGUCAAAACUGAACUACAGAUAUCUGUAAGGUCAUUCUGACUAGUCAAAACUGAACUACAGAUAUCUGUAAUUAGAGUUUUGACUAGGCAAAAUCUAAUUACAGAUAUCUUGAAUAAGAGUUUUGACUAGGCAAAAUUAUGUUGCAGUUAUCAGUAAUGAAUAUCCAGUCUAGCGAUUAAAUGUUAAAACGGCUUGCCAUACAUAUGUGCACAUUUCCCACCUGACGCUAUAACCCCAGAAAUAAAAUGAUCACGCUAAGAUAUUUGGAAAACUGUAAAAAUGCAGCAGUGGUGACUUGAGUCUGUCUCAACCCUCCAUCAGCAAAGUGAUCACACACACCAGUUCAUUUCAUUUCCACUGGGUGUUCACACCUUGCAGGCUCCCAAAAGCGUGUCUCUGACAACCAAUCACAUCUGUUAAAAGAAUCCCUUCCUUGCUCAGAGUUGCUCUGAGAACUUUCCUAAAUGACUCCGAGGCUAGGACUCAGUUAGGAGCCCUCUGAGAGUGUUCUCUGGAUGUUUGUGAAUACGGCCCUGAUGCAUUGAAACUGAUCUUUAAAAUCUUUUGUGUAAUUAUUAUAGUGGAUCUGUUUUAAAAUGUUAAAAUGAAUAUCAAGAAUGUGUAACUUGUAAGCACUUAGGUUCAUACAUUGUGUUAUUGCCUGUGUCACCUGUGUUUAAUGAUGCAUUCUGUCCUCCAAAGCUACUGUAUGAAAACUGUGUCAAAAAAAUAAAAGUCAUUCA